CUGACGACUUCCCCAGGGGUUCACUCAUUGUCACCACUCUUGCUCUUGGAACAAAGGCCAAUUGAACGCUGCUUGACAUCCAGACCCGUUGUUGUAAGUUGCACCCUCCUAGUGCAACGCCAGAUAUCCCUGUCGCGCAGUCGUCACUGCUUGUACAUAAACAAAUUGGCCGGGUUUCAGGCGCGGCCACGGCCAUCUCCCACGUAUCCUCAUAUAUCUUAAUCCUACCACGACCGACGCCCAACACCGCAUUGCUGAUACCCACCACUGACGAUCGCCUCGUCCUACUGCAGCCAUGUCCAACGGCGUGCGCAAUCUACGCGCAAUGUUUGAGAACGGAAACGCCGCUGCCUCGCCUGAGCCCCGCGGCCGCUCCCCUACAGACAAUGCAGCUGCGACCGACGCUCAAGAGCGCCCCAAGUCAAAAGUGCGCGCUUCCUUUGUCUCCGUCGAGCCUACCGUCGCCCAUCCCCCGACCGCCUCGACCGACCUGGGCCAGACCAAGGGCACGCCCUCGAAUAGCGUCGCCGCGACCCGACGAGAGAGCUUCCGCGUGAGCCAGGACAAAACCGACGAGCUUGCUGAGCUCAAAAAAGCCGUCAGCGAGGAGAAAGAACAGCGCAGACAGAGCGUCGCCAUCCCGGAAGCUGUUCCAGAACAGGCUGUCGCAUCGCAAGAAUCCUCAUUACCAGCUCCGCCUAUGCACGCCGACUCGACCGCCGACAUGGUCAACCUGGGCGCCAUCAUGAAGGGCUCCGACUUUCCCGACUCUGCUUUUGCAGCCGCGAAGAAGGAGGCAGCCGUCGUCGUGCCAGCUCCUGAGAUUGACCAAAUCCCAGUCGAUGAGACUCCAGCCGAGACUCCAGCCGAGACCAAAGAGAGUGUCGCUGAGGCCGCCCCAGUCCCCGAGCCCGAGCCAGCUCCCGCCCAGCCUGCAGAGAACCCAGACAAAGCUACUACAGGCGCGCAGGAGGAUGUUGCGCUCAAGCCUGCAGUCCCCACCGAGGAAGCUAUUGUAGAAGAGGAGAGCAAGCCUGCGCUUGAGGAAGCUGCCGUCGACGAUGACGUUGUUGUUGCUGAGGAAAACGCCAUUGCGGAGGAAGCCGCUGUCGUCGAAGAAGCUGCCAUCGCAGAGGAGGUUGCUGGCGAAAAGGAAGCUGCCGCCGCGAACGAAGGGCUAUCUGCCCCUGCUCCAGCCACUGCCCAACCUGCUGAGAACCCAGACAAGCCUGUGACCGGAGUUCAGGAAGAGCUUGCCCUACGGCCAGCAGCGCCCACUGAGGAGACUGCGGUCUCCGACGCGCCUACUACUCCUUCUGCGCCUACAGAGGUCGCAGCUUCGAGCGAUGAACCUGCUGCGGAAGCUGCUGUACCGGCUGAGAGCAAAGCAAAGGACAAUGGAUCUCCUGCGACUAAGAAGUCGGAGCUGAAGAAGCCUGCCGCAAUUUCUACCACCAAACCUACCAAGGCACCUGCCGCACCCGCCAAAAGCCCACUACCUAAAGCUGCACCGAAAACCCCUACCAAGGCCAAGACACCUGCCUCCAUUCCGAAGCCUAGCCCCGUAAAGACUACGAAGCCGGCAGCUGCGCCAAAGCCAGCAGCUCCUAAGGAGCCAGUCAAAGCGCCCACCGCCAAACCUCCUGUAACAAAAGCUCCAGCGGCCAAAGUUCCUACAGCAAAGACGAGCCGCACUUCUCUGCGACCAGCAGCAUCAUCCUCUUCAGCUACAGCGCCUACGGCCACUGCCGCAGCUAAAGCUAAGCCUGCUGCUGCGCCUGGGGAGAACAAGAAGCCUGCAAUCCCCAAGCCAACCACCUCCGCCCCACGUAAAAGCACCUCACCAACUGGCUUCAAGAAGCCAACCCCGAAGUCGCCUACCCGUCCAGUCGGCCUGCCAUCUCGCCUGACCGCGCCCACCGCUGCCUCAGCUGCCAAACAUGGCGAGGAGCCCAAGGUCACACGCAAGCCGUCCACUACAACCCGUGCUGCACCACCAAAGACCGCGGCACCAAAAACCUCGCGAACGUCCCUCGCACCCAGCGCGCCCAAGCGACCUGAAUCACGUACCUCAACUGCAAGCGCUGCGCCUAAAGGGGGAUUCCUUGAGCGUAUGAUGCGACCAACAGCUGCCAGCUCCAGCAAGACACACGACAAGCCCCACGAGAAGGCUUCGUCUCCACCCCGUAAAGCUCCAGCAGCUUCCAAGCCUAGUACUCUACAGAAAGGAAAGAAGAAGGUAGAAGAGGUCGCGGCCAAGGCCAAGGAAGUCGUAACGAACGGACACUCUGAAGAGCACAAGACUGAGGAUGAGCCUGUAAAGGAAGCUGAGCAUUCUGAGCAGGCAUCUGAAGACGCCACCAUCAGUGAGACACCAGAAGAACCAGAGAAGGCCGCCACUCCAGUCCAAGAUGUGGAAUCGUCGGUCGCAGAGAUUCAGACACCAAACUUCCAGGAGGAGACCAUCCGGUAGACAAGACGUCGCGCAUCUCACAUCCUGCGGUACAACAAUCCGAAAGUCCUACGUCUGCAAUGCAUGGCCCUGUCUCAGGUUGCCAUUAACCGCAAACCACACGGAUUCAAGACAAAUUCUAUCUACCCAGCUUUUACCCUUCUUUCACUUCUUUACAGCAUUUUCUGGAGCGAUUGUUUGGCGCAAAUGAUAUUCAUGGGCGGAUACCUAAGGACAAGGAGCGGAGAGAUGGGUUUGGAUAAGGACUAUUUGCGUGCAUAGUUGUUCAUUUAGCGAUAGGCUUCGCAGAAGCUGGCAGAAAUUACCUGUAGAUCUCAAUCCCAUUCUUC